GUAGAUUAGGAUGGAGCGACGGUUUUCGGUGGAAGCUAAAACCUUCUUUUUCUCGACGAAGGCUUCGAAGCUUCGUUUGGAGGAAAGAAGGAAGGGUUUUGUAGGGCUUAUUCUGGUGGGUCAGCGAAGUGCUUCCUGGUUGGCAGCUACAGUAGAAGAGGCGUCUCAGUCUCAGGUGAAGGAAGAUUUUGUCAAAAAAUUUAGCGAGGAAGGGAAGUCUUUGUCGGUGAGCGGGGGUAGUAACAAAGCUGCGAGAUUCCUGGAGGUGGUUGCCUAUCUGGAGGACGAACGGAAAGGUAUCAUCUGGAUCCCAGAGGCCCGCUCUGGGCGGGGUUGGCGGAGGUUCGUGGUUGAGCUGCGUUCGUUGCUGGCUGCGCAGGCGAGUUCUCCAGGGUUUUCGAAUUCUGAGAGUUCCUCUCCGGGGACAAAAGAUGGACGGUCUGUCGCCGAAGCGUUGCGCUCUUCUUCCUGCGAGGUGGCGGACAUUGCUGGGGCGCGGCUUCUUUCGUCGCAAGAGAUUGACUUGUUCCCGGUGGUGAGCUGUUUCGAGAUGGGGAAUGCUGGAGUGGAAAUACGAUUCGCGAUGGAUUGUUACGAAAUGGAGAAAGCUCAUCCCUUGAUUGAGCAAAGCUUCUCGUCUCCGGUGGCGGCGGCAGCUAAGUUUAGAAGGAACAAGUCGAUGAGGCGAUUAGGGUUUUUCUGCGAUAAGUUGGACCGGAUCCUUCGCGGGCUGGGUGAGAAGCCCAAAGGUAAGCGGAUUAGGGUUGGUUCUUUGGGUUAUGAUGGGCAUAAUUCCGGGGCGGUUUUCGGGUCGGUUUCUGGGUCGGCUGUGGUUCAAAUUCCCGUUUGCGGCCCUGUUUUGGAUCCCGAUAAGUUCAGCAAUGGGUUUUUGUUGCACUCGGAUAAGUCUUCGCCGGAGUCUCCUGGGUUUGCUGAGAAUGUUCAAAUUGGGGAUUUUGGACGGAAAUCUUCCCCGGCGACUCCUGUGUCUCCGGCGAGGCUUUGGCGCAGUUUGAGGGAUGACGCUACUGCUCCUACGGUGGUGGCUACUGUUUCUUCGGUGGCUUCUGUUUCGCCUGUGAAUCAAUUCUCUUUUCCUCCGGCGAUUCCUGCGGUUGCUUCUACUUAUCCGGCGAGGCUUCAGUGCAGGAUGAGGGAUGAGGCUUCUGUUCCUCCGGUGGUGGCUACUGUUCCUCCGGUGAGGGCUAUUGUUUCUCCGGUUUUCUCUUUUCCUCCUGCACCUGCCAAAGCUUUGAUAGAUAACCAAGUUUCCAAGUGUUAUACACGGAGAGCGAAGGAUAAGGAAGCUAAACAGCUUCAUAAGAAAAAGAUGCCGCUGGGGGUGAAGAAUUUGGAAUGCUCCGAUAACUUUGAGGCUAGGGGCGGUGGCUCGAGUAGGGUUAGGGAUGUGGGGUGA